UCGAAAGAUCCAGAGUCAGUUUGGUGUCCUGGAUGAAAUUCAUAUAUAGAUUCGCCCAGGGUCUACAGCUAAGACAGGUCGACAUGAUCAGUGAUGGCAUAGCUGGCAGUUCAAGAACACUCUCUAGGAUGGCUAAGUGUUUACGCAAUGUGUGCAAAAAUUCAAUGGAUUCCUUCAUCAGAGACAAAGGACAGCGUGUUGGUGGUCGAACUGAGUUUACUGUAAUUGAUGAGAGCCACUUCCGACAUAAACGCAAGUAUGGGCGAGGUAGAGCUGGCCAAACAUGGAGGAGAAAGAAAUGGGUGUUUGGAAUAUUAGGAGUUCGCGGUCAAACUCGCAGACCGGUUUUGCGGCUUGUCGAACAUAGGUCAAGACGUGCUCUUCUUCCCCUGGUGCGACGCCAUGUGCGCCAAGGAAGUACCAUCAUUAGUGAUGAAUGGAGAGCAUACAGAGGUGCCCUUUCAGAUAUGGGAUACAUCCACCUCACUGUCAAUCACAGCAGGAACUUUGUCAACUCUCAUACUGGUGCUCACACACAACACUUAGAAAGAGCAUGGUCCUCAUACAAAGGACAUGUAUGGAGACUGAGGGGAAAUCGAACAGAAAGUAUUUUAAUUGAACAUCUUAAGCUAAUAGAGUGGACUUACUGGUUGGGAAAAUGUCACAGAGAUGGUCCUCUGGGCAGGCUGCUGAAGGAUAUUCGCAAGCUGUUUUCUGUUUAGUGUACCUUUACAAUUCGAUUUUAACAGCCAAUUAGAAAUAACAUGUUUACUAGGGCUGAAAGAUUAACCAGUUCAGCCCUUAUUGUUUACCAUGUAUAUUUGGGUAUAGAUCAACUUUCAGUACAGCAGUAACACUGUCAUGGUGAAUAUGGUUUUGAUUAGGUUUUAUCAGUGAUCCACUAGCUGACAAUAUCUAGACAGGAGCAACUUGGUAGUAACUAAGCAGCAGUAUCAAAAUAAAAUAGACUAUACAUCGAAAAGAUGACCUACAGUUUAUUACUGUACACCAACAAGCCAAGUUGCAGGGCAGGGGUUUCUAAUAAAAUUUGAAUGAUGGUUCUGAUAUCAAUAAACUGU